AAUAGAGAGCGAAGAAGAAACCCCAAAAAAGAUGACCUAAAGGCCCUCUCCCAAGGUCCCAUUCCAUGUCUUCUCAGCUCCCCCAUCAUUUCAUCGAUCUCCGCCAUUAACAACCUCCCCCUUUCUUCAACCUAGCUUCUCAAAUCUCAAUAUUAUUCACUGUUAGUUACAAUUUAUUACAAAUCAUUUUAUUUCAAAAAAUUUUCAAUUCGUCAUCAUGAUGUCAUCAUCCGCCGAUCAUCGGGAGUUAGGGGAGGGGUCUUCGUCGUCGACUUUGAGGCCGCCGCCGCCGCCUGCGGCGGCAGCGGCGGCGGCUCAGCCGGUUCAGCUGAGCCGCUACGAGGCGCAGAAACGCCGCGACUGGAACACGUUCGGGCAGUACUUGAAGAACCAGCGGCCGCCGGUCCCACUGCCACGCUGUAACUACAAUCACGUGCUGGAUUUUCUCCGGUACCUCGACCAGUUCGGGAAAACUAAGGUUCACUUACAAGGCUGCGUGUACUUCGGGCAGCCGGAGCCGGCGGGGCCGUGCACGUGUCCGCUUCGCCAGGCGUGGGGCAGCCUGGACGCGCUCAUCGGACGCCUACGCGCCGCCUUUGAGGAGAACGGCGGCUUGCCGGAGAGCAACCCCUUCGCCGGCAGCGCCAUCCGCCUCUACCUCCGUGAAGUCAGAGACGCUCAGUCUAAGGCCCGCGGAAUCCCCUACAAGAAGAAGAAAAAGAAGAGAAAUAAUAAUAAUAAUAAUACUAAUAAUAAUGUCGUCCCGAAGCCUAAUAAUGACGAAACGCCCAGCUUCCAGAUACAAUCCUCUUGAUCUCUCCCUCCACCUUUCAGGGCGAAAAUGACAAGAACAUUAGAUCUAGCUACUAUGAACUUCAAACUUCUCCUCGAUGAACCCUAAAACCAGAGUCCAGAAACCCUAGAUCUGCAUUUCCUUUUAUUUUAUUUUUCGCUUUUUAUUUUAUUUGGGAGAGGGGUGUUGAUUUUCUGUGCAUAUAUAUUUAUAUGUAUGCUUCACCUCUAUGUUUGAAUCAAAUAUGAUGUUGGCUAGCUUGCAAUGUAUGCCCAUUAUAUAUUCCAUAUAUAUGAUAUAAUAUUAGAAGGAUAAUCUUCAUAAUUAUAAAAA